AAUAGAGUGGGUAUAAGCAGAGUGAAGCCACAGAGGUUUUAUUAGUCCGACAUUUUGUGCUCGCCGUAUGGAGUGGGUAUAAGAGAUUUCCGUCACUUCCGAGGUAAAAAUCAUCUAUGGCUUCAGCGUGCUUGUACCCACUCUAAAAAAAAAUUUUUACAAGCGCUAUCAGCGGCAAAAAAAAGCCCUAAAUCCUAAAAGAAUUGCCCUGUGAAUUGGGGUACUGGUAUUUGUUUGGACCACGUGGCCUUUGUCGGCUUUGUAGGGCCAAUAAAAGUUCCAAUAAAAAUUAAUUCAUAUACUAAUUUAAGUUGAUAGUUUGUUAAUUCUUAUUUGUUGAGUCACAACUUUUCUAAUAACAAAAUUGUGUAUAAGCUAUGGGUUUUAUGAUUGAGUAAAAGAACAGAUCUGUUUUUUUUAACACGUGGUGACUACUAGUUUUGUGAUAGUAGUGAUUUUAAAAAUUAUUAACCUAAAUAUCAAGUUUCUCUUAAAAAAAAAAAAAAAAAAAAAAAAUGUCGGAUUCUCUUAUCAUCAAAGUCAAACGUGAGGAAACGGACAUAGAUAUAGACAUAGAAACAUUGGAAGAAUUACCUGGAAGAAUAUCAUCUUCUGCUGCAGAAAAAAAAAUCACACCACAUAAGACUGGGAGUUUUUCAAGUAGAAUAAAAAGCCCUCUAUUUCGUUAUAGUCCACCGCUGAAUAUUCCUAACAAGCAUAAAAAAAAAAGGGCAACUACCAAAAAAAAAACAAAAAAAAAUUUGACUUUGUCACCUCAAAAAGUGCCAAUACCGGAAAUUACUAAAAUUUUUUUAAAGCCAAUGCCAUCGUUGAUUGAAAUUGCUUCUCUUACUUCCGAUGAUGAAGACCCUCUGAGUACUUGUGAUAAUAUUAAUUCAACUCAAAAACAAUAUAAAUAUAGAUUCAUUGACCAGCAUAAUAGAGGGAAAUGUUUGAAAGAACGUCAACGCCGAAAUGAAUUGAUGAUGGCAUUUCAGAAGUUGAGAUGUCUCCUGCCGGCUAUUAAAUCAAAUAAAAACGCAACAAAAGUUUUAAUUUUAACGGAAGCAACAAAUUAUUGUCGACUAUUGAUGAAAACUGAAAAAAAAAAAAUUUCAAUGUUACGACAGUUGAAUGAUUAUCACAUCAAUCUUUCAGUAACACUCAUUGAAUUGAAACGAGAUUUAAAUAUUAAAUGAGACAAAGUGAAGAAUUAAAAUUUGUUUUAUAUUUUUAUAUACUUUUUAAGUUGGAAAUUUCAUUAAGGAAAUUAUAAUCGUUAACAUAAAAAUUUUAUUUAGAAUUAUAGAAAUUACAUUGUCAAUUGUAAAAAAAAAAUAAUUAGAACUUUUAUAUAAAAUUCAUGUUGAAAUAUAUUUUUGCAUUACAUUCUUAAUGAAAAUAGCCUGAUCCAAUCCGCACCAGGAUUUGAUGGAACUAAAAAUAUUUGUAAAACAAAUAAAUUUUCAUAUUUUCAUCUUGAUUAAGUCCCGAUCCAGAUUGGAUCAGGUUAUCGCUUUUAAGGAUGUGACAGAGCUGGCUUAAUCGAUUUAAAUCAAGCUAGCCAAACCACAAGUGAUAGCUUGAUUCUAUCCGAAUCAGGACUCGAUCAAGGUAAAAAUAUUUAGAGACUGAAUGAAUUUGAUAUUUUUAUCUUGAUUAAGUCCUGAUCCGGGAAAAAUAUUUAAAUAUUAUUUAUAAAUCAUUUAACAUAUAGCUUUAUUCUUCAAAUGCUUUUUACCAUCAAGAUUUAUGACUUGUCUAUUUUGCCAUUUGUUUGUCGUUUGUGUGUCGGUUUUGUGUGAGAUCAGUGAACGAACCGACUGUCGUCAUCGGUAGUUAUAUUCGCUAGAACAUAUCGCGGUGGCUUUAAGAGUAAAAAUAAAAAUUUCGAAAAUUUGGUUUUUCUGGGCUAUUGCCAACGGUUGUUUAUAUACAUACGUUUGUAUAUAUAGAUA